AAAAUGAAAAUGGUGGGACAAUUUUUACUGCUAGUACUAUGUGUACUACGAUACAAUGUUGCAGGUGGUCAGGUAGUAACGGACCGGAACACAGUUAUGAUCAAAGGAUCAGAAGCAAGCCUUCAAUGUUCCUUUCGUGGGACGCCUUUGCAACUUUAUUGGUUCAAAGAGGGUGAUCCUGCUAUGUCGAAAGCAGAAACCUUAAUUGGAUUUUAUAGUGGAAGAACACAACGACCCGAACAUGACAGCGGAAAGUUCAAUGUGAGUGAAGAUUGCUCCCUCACAUUCACUGCAGAAAUUGGUGAUGCUGGUCGCUACUACUGCGACGUGUCGAAUGACGAAGGAACUAAGAUUGGGGGUUUCACGGAUGUGACUGUAGCUGUUCCUCCAGACGACCCAUUCCCCAUGAUAGACAAUUUCACGAUUUCGGACGGUAAUCGGCCGACAACGAUUACCUGUCGAGCGGAUGGGGCUUCUAAAGGUUUGGUAGUUUUACAAUGGAUGCACAAUGGGGAUGAGUACCCUCAGAUUAUCAGGAACUUCACAAACGCAGACGGAAUCACAGAAAACCUCACAGCGACUAUCGAGGCCCUGGUUAGCGAAGAACCCUACAUCUGCGUCGGCACCCUGAAGGCAACCAAUCGCGUUAAUUCAACAGAAGAGGCCUUUGUCCAACGAACCAUUUUCAGUACCAUACGAUCCGAAGGACCCACAGAAUAUUUGACCACACCCGUCGAGGAUACUGACAACAACCAUUCGACGGUGAUUGCAGUGGCAGUUUCAGUUUCAUUUCUUCUCGCUCUCACUGUCAUUGCUGCAGUGUAUCUUUGUAUGAAGAAGAAGAAGCUUCAAAUCCGCACACUUCAGUUAUAUAAGAUAUUACAAAAGGAGGGAAGCCGACGAGUUGGCCCCGAGGCAAAGUUUCAACAGGGUGUCAAUAACGUUGGAUCCCGAGAGGAAGCGAGCGUCACUCUCGUGACUCCGAAAAAGCACUGACCUUGAAUAAAUUAAUUAAUUUCCCUUAUUUUUGCAUCCAAAUUAUUGUCAAGGGACAACAUUUCCACCUUUUGUAAAUACUAAAUUUCAUACAUUGAUUACGCUUAAGCUGCGCCAAUGUAUAUGGCGAUGUGAACUAGGGGGUCUGAGAGUAUUUUGCAGUGCGUACCAGUGAGAAGAAGAAAAAAUGCAACCUGAAAAGAAACAGUAAUUGAAAAAAAAUAUCGAGUUUUAUGUUAAUAGCUCAUAAAUUUAAAAUGAUAUGCCUUCAAAUGGUACUGUGAUUACAUUGAUCAAUAAUUAACCGAGCAACAUUGUUUUAAAAAUGGCAUUUCAAAAUACAGUUGUGCCAGAUUUUGGAAAAACGGUAUUGAGUAUCACAUGUGAACAUGAAGUUCAAGAAAAUGUAAGCUUUAAAAGAUUUCCAUUAUGUGAUGUGCCUAAAGCAGUUACCCCUUUUUGACAACACAAAACUGUUUGGGUUGCCCUUUAGAAAGUUGCAGUUCUGUAAAUGCUAACAUUAGGCUAUUAAAAAAUAUACAUGUUUAGCGUCCCCGCCCGCUUCCUUUUGGGGGACGCCUCCUUUUUUUUUUAAAGAAAAAAAACAUGAAAAACAUUGCUAAAAAUAAUGAAGUGGAUCUUUUUCUGAUUUAAAAAAAAAUAUAUAUAUCGGCGGCUAUCUUGA